AUGGGAGAUGGCAUAUUAAAUGAUUCCAAUGAUAACAUACAACUACCGAAUUGUUGUAUUGCAUCUGUUAAUGCCGAUAUUGUAGAAAAUAUAUAUGGUGAUUUAAUACGGAAUAAAGAAUUUAAUAAAAUGGCUAAAUGUGCGAUACUUUCUGCAAGAAAUGCUGAUGUAGAUGAAAUUAAUAAACGAGUUGUCGAAUUAUUAGAUACUUUUGAAGAACGAAUAUAUACAAGUAUAGAUAGUACUGAAAAUUGCAGUGAUAAUGGUGACAUUAGUGAAACUUUACUACCAGAAUAUUUAAAUACUUUGUCUCCACCAUCUCUUCCUCCUUAUGAAUUACGUUUAAGAAAAAAUUGUAUUAUUAUGUUGAUUAGAAAUCUUAGUAUUAAUGAAGGUCUUUGCAAUGGUACCAGAUUAAUGGUUCUAGAACUUGCUGAUCAUUUAUUAAAAUGCAAAAUCUUAACAGGCGAUAAAGGACAGACAUUUGACAGAAUAGGAAUAGAUCUUCGCAAAGAUGUUUUUAAUCAUGGACAACUUUAUGUUGCUUUUUCACGAGUACGUUCUUGGCAAGCAUUAAAAGUUUAUCUUGGCAAUCAACGAGAUAAUGAACAA